UAACAAAUCCCAACUAUUUUUUUUAUAUACAAAUAAAAAAGAGGAAAAAUUAAUUGCUCACACACCCAACUUCACUCUCUUAAUUACCUCUGCAACUUCAUUCAGCGCAAAUCUAGGGAUUUUUUUUUCUUAUAGCACCAUUUUCCCCUAUCCCGUCUUCUUUUUUGGCUGCUUCCAGUCCAAUCUCUCGAUUUAUUUUGCUAGAAUUUAUUAAUCACUUUGGGGGUUGAACUGAAGAUAAACAAAAUGCCGUGGUCUUUGGUUUAUCGUGUUCGAAUGGUUGUUUUCUUUCUUAUCAUACUGUAAUUUAUUUUGGGUGAAUUUCAAUUGAAUUUGGAAUUGGAAGGGGAUUCAAUUCAUUCAAUUUAGCGUCGCUGGAUAUUGAUAAAAUUUUGGUUGGAGAGGUUUGAGAAUGUACAUUACAGCAACCACAAAGAGAUAUCGUGCAGUUAAGGAAGUCGGGAAGAUUAAAAUGAGCGUUGGUGUUAUUGCAUACUAUCAAUUAGUUCAAGUUUGUCAGGCCGAGUAUUUCCGUCAGUUGCUAAAACCAGUUACGUAGUCUAGUAGUUAGCAACUCUUGGAAAUUGGGAUCUGGGGGAGUCUUCCAUUUGGUUGUUUUAUACGUAGGCUUUCAAAGAAUGAAAUAUCUGAUAUUGUUGAUGGGAAAUUGGGGAUAGGCAGCUCUUGUCUUGUUUUGAUGGCGAUCCACUAGUUUUAGUCUGUAGUCUUUCCGUAAUUAUAGCUAUAAACCUCCUUCCAACUUAAAAAUAAAUAAUUUUAAGUUCAAAACCAAGUUUAAACUUCUCGUUAAGUAGAAAAUAAGAUGCAGAGUGACCAACAAUUUUACCCCCAAAAAGCAGUGCCCACACUUGCAGAUCAAGUGGGCAAUAAUUACAUGCAUAUCCCAGUUGCAUCUGCUUUUGGACCAGUUUUUCCUCCAUGUGCAAAACACUUGCCGCCCCUCCAUGGCAUUGAGUUUCAACCCUCUGAGGUUUGUCCCAAGAACUUUGUUAUUUUCAAUCAGACUGAUAAUAGGAACCAAGUCUUGUUCAACCCGGCUAUCACAAACAAGUUUCAUGGUAAUGAAUUAAAUGUUUUUGCAAAUUACAAUGAUGGCAAGUAUGAGAGGAAAGAUGUUUAUGAUGUGGGAGAAGAAACAUCCUCUUUUCUGAAAGAGGAUUCGGAUGAUAUUGAUGCACUGCUCAGCUCGGAAGAGGAAGAACAAGUUGAGUACGAUGAGGAAGAGGUUAGCACAGCCCGGACCUUUGGAAAUUAUGAAUUCGACACUGCUGAUUCUCGCUCUGCUCAUGGCUCGAAACCAAAAAAGAACAAGUCUUCCUCUUAUACUCUGAAGUCUUCUGGUAAUAGCAGUUGUUGUGACCCUGAAAUUAAGCGACUGAAAAUGAAGGAAAUGGUGAAGGUUUUAAGGGGAAUCGUUCCGGGUGCUGAUGAGAUGGAUACUGUUGCUGUUCUCGAUGGAGCUGUUAGGUACCUCAAGUCUCUCAAGGUUGAAGUACAGAAGCUCGGAGUUGGGAAUUUCAAAUAUGAAGAUUGAACCCAAAUCAUGGUAAUGAAGUUCUCACCUCUGUAUACCUCUCCAUAACUGGCCUCUCUCUAAUGGUUUGCAGUCUAGAAAUAAAGAAGACAGGUAUUAGAAUCAAUAUUUGUGUUGUUGUAUGCAUGAACUCUGGUUGUGUAAUAUGAGUACCACCAAGUACCAAGUUUCUAGCUGCCUUUAAUAUCAUUAUGGCACAAGUAGUUGCUUUGAAUGUUAUUGUACUAGUAGUUUCUACUUUCAACUCUGUCUUAUUUCUGUAUUUUACGUACUUUAUGUUUAUUCUCAGUUAUGAAUAAAUGUUACAAGAGUACUUCUUGUUAAA